AUGGAGCAUAAUUAAUCAGAGGAUAGCACUGGUCUUCAGGAUUCACAAAUGAAUUUUUCAGUCACUGAAAAUAGUUCGCUAAUUGAAGAUGAACAUAUUGCUAAUGAUCCAAUCAAGGACAUCCCCUAUAAUUUCUACGAAUUAACCAUCAAUGAGAUCUAUAAGAAUCACAGAGGAUUGAUCAUAACUACUUAAGUGAUCAUAGUAUUACUAUACUUACUUAAAUACUUCUAUCCAAAGGGAUUCAGAAACACUCAACAUAAAUUAAUCGCAUUUAUGUACCUAGUCUCUGCUUUCCAGAUCUUCCAAUCAAUCCUUCCAGGACCUAUAUUCGGUAGAAAGGGUGUCAAGUAUUAUUUAUUGCUAGUCACUGUCUUUCAGAUAUCGCUUCAUCUUUUUAAGAUUAGCUCAUUCACUAGAAAAAGGGUAGUCAGCAAUCAGGAAUAGAUAAGUGCUAAUUAUGAUAGAGUCUAUGAAUUGAAAUAGAACCCAUUUAGAAAUAACUUCAAAAUGUCUAUAAUCGAGAGCAUUCUAGAUAACUAAACUGGCUUUGAGAAUAAGAACUUUAUGAUUCCAAUAGACGUAGCAUAUUUGAAUCUAUUUGUAAUUGUAUUCUAAUUUGGCACUGAAUAUAUUGGCAUAACUGAUUACGACUAUUGGCAAUACAUGAUCCUUAGAUUGACUCCCUAUCUAUCAAUAGCCCUUCAAGUCUUUUUAAUCGAUGGUCUAAAAUCAAUAAUAAAAUAAAGUGACCCUUCAAUUGACUAUACUUUUGGAGUUAUCUAUAUAAUGUUCUUACUUUGUUCACUUAUUUAUGAUCUCGAGAAUUCUAAUGAUUCCACACUAUCAGAUUACUUUGACGAAUAGUUUUAAGAUGAUAUCAAAAUGAAAAAUGCAAAUAAGCUUACUAUUGAAAAAACGGACAAGACUCUAAAGAUGAUAAUAUAUAGAGUGAAUUAGGAUGGUGGCAUUCAGGGAAUUUUAUUGGACUUUUUCAUUGAUGAUGAUGGCAAUAUAGCGAAUGAGUUUUACAUUAUUGAUCAAGACGGCAAUCUAGUAAAAAUUGAAAAAGGAAUCAAGCCCUUAGAAGAUAAAUAACAAAUAUAGAAUGUCUUCAAGCAGUUUUUCCUUAAGAACUGA